AUCGAGGGUGUUAAGGCCUAUGUGAUUAAGCCCUGUGUUCCGUUCGAUGCAGCUGUGCUUGUGAUUCAUGACAUAUUUGGAUGGCAACUCCCAAAUACCAGAUAUAUUGCCGAUAUGGUUGCUUCCAAUGGAUAUAUUGCAAUUUGUCCAGACUUUUUUAAGGGACAAGAACCUUGGAAACCAUCUGAUGAUUGGUCUAAAUUAAAUGACUGGAUAAAAAGACGAGAUCCCAGGAAUAUAGACAGGGAAACCAAUAUUGUCUUGAGAUAUUUGAAGGAAGAAUGUAAGGUCAAGAAGAUAGGUGUCAUUGGAUUUUGUUGGGGUGGAGCUGCUGUGCAUCAUCUGAUGUUGAAAUAUUGUGUAUUUGCUGCAGGCGUCUCCAUCUAUGGUGUUAUCAAUUUAAUGGACGACAAUUUCAGCCUGAAUAGCCCCACAUUUUUCAUUGCUGCAGAGAAGGAUGAGUUCAUUCCUGUUGAACAAUUUACUCAGCUAACCAAGAAACUGGAACAGGAAUGCAAAGUUGCUUUUGAAGUGAAAAUAUAUCCUGGGCAGACCCAUGGCUUUGUACACCGCAAAAGAGAAGAUACG